AUGAGACAAAGAACUACUAUUUAUAAUCCUUAUUCUAGUCAUGAUGGAAUUAUAAUUAAUCUUAAUCGAACAAAUUUCCAAUUAUCAAGUAUACCUAAUUAUCCAUUCAUAAUUGAGAAUAAAUAUACUAUUAAACAAUCACAAGAAUCAUACGAAAAUAAAUUAUAUCUGACAAUUAAACAAUUAAGAAUUCAAACAAAAUUUAUUAAUAAAUCUGGUUCACCAAUUUUUUCAUUUAAUUAUCAAUCAGGACUUAAUAUUUAUGUUGUACCUUAUUUUAAUGUUGAUAAAUUGAAAUUUUGGAAACAAGUUGAACAAUUAAUUGAAAAAUUAUUAAAUAUUAAGAUUGAUCAAAAAAAUUGGAUUCAAAAUGGUAAUUCUUUUUAUUAUUAUGAUAUUCAACCAAUUGAAUUAAAAGAAAUCAAUUUUAAUUUAAAUUCAUAUUCAAAUUCAAAUUCAAAUUUAAAUUUAAAUUCAAAUUCAAAUUAUGAUUAUAUAUAUGAUGAAGAUAAAAUUAUUAUUCGAGAAUUAUUAACUGAUAUUGAAAAAAUAGAAUUUAAUCUUGAUAAUCUGGGGAUUUAUAAAGAAAUUGGAUUAUUUUUAAUUGAUAAAAAAAUCACUACUACUAAUGAUGAUUUAAAUUUAAGUGGUCUUAGAGUGAUUUUUGAUGGAAGUAAUAAUACUGAGGGAAAUGAUAAUAAUGAUAAUAAUAAAGAAGAACAAGAAGUAGUACAAGAAUCAAUACAUAAGACAAUGUUUCAUAUAAAACCAAGACAUAGAAUUUUAAGUUCAAGUGAAUCCAAUUCUAAAAUUAUUUCACAAGGUUUACAUCAUAUUUUGAAUACUAAAAUUAAUAUAUCUUUACCAAUUGAUGAUGAUAUUGAUAACAUUAAAGAAUGUAAAUUUUAUUAUUAUUUGAAUUUAAAUAAAUCAUUAAUAUUUGAUCAAUUUCAAGAUAUUCCUAUUGGAUCUAAAUUAAUUAUUAAUAAUGGUAAUAAAAAUUUAGAAUUACCAGAAUAUAAAAUAAAUCAAUGGGGUAAUGAACUUUUAUUUGAAUUUAAUAAUAGUAUUCUUUAUAAUGAUAAUUUAGAAAUAAAUUUAACAAUUCAUUCAAGAUAUCAAUUACCAAAAAAUGGAAAUAAUAAUGAUUAUCAAUUUUCAAAAAUAUUUAAUUCAUUACCAAAAUUAUUUAUUGGUUGUAAUAUUAAUAAAGAAAGUAAUUUAUUAGAUAAAUCUCCUUUUGAUACUAAACGAGAUAUUAAAAUUGGUGAUAAUUAUGAAAUUUAUUUCACUGAAAAUACUGUUUUUUAUCAUUUACAACAAGAUAUUAAUACAAAUACCAAUAAAUUAUUAGAGAUUAAUAUUCCUCAUGGUAAAACUACAUUUGAUAGAAUUAAUAAUAUCACUACAUUUGGUUUAUUAAUUGGUAUAUUAAUGAUUUUAUAUGGUAUUUUAACCAAAAUUUUUACCAUUAAAAAAUUGAAACGAGAUUAA